CAAUCUCACAUGAAUCCUAAUCUUCUCCUAUUUGUUUACAGCUUUUUUGUCUCAAAUAUCUUUCUUUUAUUAAUCAUUUUUCCCAAUCAUUGAAUAAAGUUAUUAAAAAUAUCUCAUCUUUGCCCCCCUACUGCAUGCAUAUAAAUACCUCCCAAAUUUUCACUUUUUUCCCUCAACACCAAAGCCCUCUUGUGUUCUUGAGUUUUUUUCUCUUUUAUAUUGAAAAAAGGAAAAAAAAAAAAAAAAAAAAACCUUUUGUUUAUUUCAAGAAUGGCCAUUGAUAAGUGCAAAGAUAUUGAAAAUGGCCUUGAGAAUUUAGAAAAACCCUUUCUUGAAUAUGCUAAAAUUGUUGAUUCGGAUGAAGAAAUAAGUAAAGAAGAUGGAUCACUUGGGAUGGUUUUAUUAAGCACUUGUGUUGCAGUUUGUGGUUCUUUUGAAUUUGGAUCAUGUGUGGGCUACUCUGCACCCACACAAUCAGAAAUUAGGAAUGACUUGAAUUUAACUCUUGCCGAGUACUCCAUGUUUGGUUCCAUCAUCACUAUUGGUGCCAUGAUUGGAGCUAUCACAAGUGGAAGAAUUGCAGACUUUAUUGGGAGAAAAGGGGCAAUGAGAAUGUCAGCUGUAUUCUGCAUUACAGGAUGGCUAGCUGUCUAUUUUUCCAUGGGAACUUUGGUACUUGACAUGGGAAGGUUCCUCACAGGAUUUGGCAUUGGAAUAUUCUCUUACGUGGUUCCAGUGUUUAUUGCUGAAAUAGCUCCAAAGAAUCUACGUGGAGGAUUGACAACAGUUAAUCAACUUAUGAUUGUUUGUGGUUCAUCAGUUGCAUAUUUACUGGGAACAGUCAUAACAUGGAGAAAUCUUGCUUUAACUGGAAUUCUUCCAUGCACUUUCUUGCUAGUCGGUCUGUUCUUUAUCCCAGAAUCUCCAAGAUGGCUGGCAAAAGUAGGCCUUGAGAAAGAAUUUAAGGUGGCAUUGAGAAAGCUUCGCGGUAAAGAUGCGGAUGUUUCUCGUGAAGCUGCUGAAAUCCAGGCUUAUGUUGAUACUCUUCAAAGCCUCCCCAAAACUCGAAUCUUGGAUUUGUUCGGUAGCAAAUACAUCCGAUCUGUGAUCAUUGGUAUUGGAUUGAUGGUAUUCCAACAGUUUAUAGGAAUAAAUGGUAUAGGUUUCUAUGCUAGCCAGACUUUUGAAUCCGCAGGGCUCUCUAAUAGCAAUAUUGGGACUAUUGCCUAUGCUGUAGUGCAGGUUCCCAUUACUGUUGUUGGUGCAUUUUUGAUGGACAGAUCUGGAAGAAGGCCACUUCUUAUGGUGUCAGCAACAGGGACAUUUGUUGGUUGCUUUCUGACUGGAGCAUCUUUCUACCUAAAGGGAAAUGGCCUCUUACUUGAAUGGGUUCCAAUUCUAGCUGUAUCUGGUGUACUGGUUUACAUAUCGGCGUUUUCAAUCGGAAUGGGAGCAGUUCCUUGGGUUAUUAUGUCAGAGAUAUUCCCAAUUCAUGUAAAAAGUGCUGCUGGAAGCCUGGUAGUCUUAGUGAACUGGUUGGGCGCGUGGGCUGUUUCUUACACUUUCAGUUUCCUCAUGGCCUGGACUGCCACUGGUACAUUUAUGCUGUAUGCUGGAUUCGGUUUACUCACCGUACUAUUUGUAGCUAAGGUGGUGCCAGAAACAAAGGGGAAAACAUUAGAGGAAAUUCAGGUCAUCAUCAACUCCUGAAGGUAGAUGCACAC